GAUAUUUUGUGCGGUGUGCAGCCGUUUAGGGUGUUGCACGGUGUUUACACUUGUUUACAUUCGAAAUGUCGGUGGGACUAAUAGGCGCUUUUGAAAUGCGGAGUGCUGCGUGGGCGUCCUACGUGGAUCGGCUCGAGAUGUACUUCGUUGCCAACGGAAUCAAGCCGGAGGUUCAGCUGCCGACAUUGAUCGCAGUAAUGGGGGAGGAAGCCUAUGAGCUCUUAGUAAAUUUGGCUAGUCCCAAGAAACCUUCUGAGCUCAAGUUCAAGGAGGCGGUGGACUUAAUGCAACAACACUUGGAACCGACGCCUUCCGUGCUGGCCGAACGAUAUAAGUUCAGGCAGCGCAGACAGACCACCGAGGAAAAUGUAUCGGAAUACGUGGCGGAACUUAAGAAAUUAUCACGGUACUGUGUGUUUGGAAGCAACCUCAACGAGAAUCUGCGUGAUCAAUUUGUGUGUGGCCUCCGCAGUGAUGUCAUACGGCAGCGCCUAUUCGCCGAAGACGACUCUUUGUCCUAUACGAAGGCAGUUAAAAUAGCAAGCACGUUGGAAGCGGCAGAGCGGGAUGCGGCGGCAGUUGAGAAGCCUCUGGACGGUGGCAGUCACGCAAUACAAGCAGUGAAUGCGAUAAGUCAUGGCGGUGAGCGUGGUGUUCUUCCCAGGGUGAUAAGAGGCAAGGGAGCGCGGGACAGCGCACCUGGUUUGCGUGGAGGAGCGACGAGCGGACAGAGCGGGACACUAGGUGCGGAGAGGUGGCGUGGCGGUGCGGCCGCAGACGAGAGGGUCGGAAGCCGGUAUGCAGUUUGUACAGGCUGCGGGUCGUCGGAUCACCGGUAUGCAGUAUGUCGGUUCCGUAAUUAUAUGUGCAGCUGGUGCAGGCGGAAGGGACAUUUACGGCGCGCGUGUCCCGAGCGCGGCGGACGUGGCUCCGGCGGACAGCGGGCCGGCGACCGUGCCUUGCUGAAUUACGCGGGAGCAGAAGACCUCAGUGAGGAGAGCCUGGAGGAGAACUUCCACCACCUCUGCCUCAACGAUUACAGACCGGUGAGUCUCCCCGUCGUAGUUGACGCGGUUACUAUUAAUAUGGAAGUGGAUACUGGCUCGGCUGUAUCGUGUAUAAGUGCUGACACAUACAACCUAUACUUUAAGCAUCAUCGUAUACAAAACAGUGCAUUAAUUUUAAAUUUUUAUGACGGCUCAAAAAUAAAGCCGUUAGGUUUAAUCAAACCAAUGGUCCGAUAUGGUGACCACAAAAAAAGGUUGGAAUUAUUUAUUAUCACUGGUGGUAAUACAUCAUUACUCGGUCGACAGUGGCUCACUGAGUUAAAUAUAAGAGUUCCAAUGUUGAGUGGUUGUCAUAAGAUAGACGUUAAUAAUGGGAAAAUAACAUGGUCUACUGAGUUAAAUAAACUAUGUUCUAGGUAUAAGGAAUUAUUCAGUGGCGGACUCGGUCGCUUUACGGGUGGCCAGGCGACGCUGCGCGUGCGGGAAGGGGCAACGCCGGUGUUCCACCGCGCGCGGCCACUGCCGUACGCGCUGCGCGAGCGCGUCGACGCCGAGCUGGAUCGCAUGCUGCGCGAUGGCGUCAUCGAGCCCGUCGACUGCUCCGACUGGGCCUCUCCUCUAGUACCGGUAAAUAAAGCGGACGGAUCCUUGAGGGUUUGCGCUGACUACAAAGCGACAUUAAAUCCGGUUUUGCAGAUCGAUCGGUACCCCUUGCCGCGGAUCGAGGAUUUAAUGGUUAGGUUAAGCGGGGCUUGCUUCUUUUCCAAGAUUGAUUUGUCGCAGGCUUACAAUCAGAUUGAACUAGACGACACAAAAAAAUACACCGUUAUCAAUACGCACAGGGGGCUAUAUAGGUAUAAUAGGCUCGUUUACGGCUUGGCGUCCAGUCCGGGAAUUUUUCAGCGUAUUAUGUGCAAUCUGUUACGGGGAAUUUCUAAUGUGGAGAUAUUUUUAGAUGACGUCAUCAUAGGCGGUAAAACAAUAAGCGAGCAUUUGGAGGCAUUACAGGAAGUCUUUAGUAGACUACAUAAUUCGGGUCUCAAGUUAAAAUCUAGCAAAUGUGUUUUCCUAGUCAACGAAAUUCGAUACUUGGGUUACGUAAUCAGUAAAGACGGGAUCAAAACGGACCCAUCUAAAAUCGAGGCUAUUGCAAAGCUACCUAGGCCAAGUAAUGUUUCGGAACUUAGGUCAUUUUUAGGAAUUCUGAAUUUUUAUGGGAAAUUUAUAAAGAAUAUGAGUGGCAGGUUGGUUCCGUUAUAUGAGUUAUUAAAGAAAGAUAAAGAGUGGUAUUGGUCUGCGGAAUGUGAAAAUGCGUUUAUUAAAAUAAAAAAAAUUCUAAGUAGCGUGGACACCCUAGCCCAUUAUGAUUCCAAGAAGCCAUUAGUAGUAACGUGCGACGCGAGUGGGCGGGGCAUCGGCGGCGUGCUGACGCAGAUCGACGCCGGCAGCGGCGGCGAGCGCCCGGUAGCAUAUGCGUCGCGGACGCUGACCGAUGCCGAAAAGAACUAUUCACAGAUACAUCGCGAGGCGUUGGCUAUAAUUUUUUGCGUAAAUAAAUUUCAUCAAUAUUUAUACGGUCGACAUUUCACGCUGCGGACAGACCACAAGCCCUUGGUAUCUAUUUUCGGUCCGAACACGGGUAUCCCUGCUAUGGUAGCCAGUCGUAUGCAGCGCUGGGCGAUUAUUCUGUCGGCUUACUCGUUCGACAUUGAGUAUGUGCGAACCGAUGAAAAUAGAGCGGACGGUCUGUCACGUUUGCCGAUCGACUGUAAACAAAGCGAGCCGACACCGCCUGAGCAAACGUACUUACAUUGUAUUCAAGAUUCUUUAUGUUUAGACUACAAUGAAAUAAAAAACGAGACGAUACGGGAUCCAAUACUGGCUAAAGUAUUGCUAUACAUACGGGACGGUUGGCCUGCACAUUGCGAGUUAACGAAUAUGAAACCGUACUGGAAUAGGCGAAAUGAGUUAUACGAGGAGUUAGGAUGCGUUAUGUGGGGGCACCGGUUAGUAGUGCCAGAACAAUGUAAAAGUAAAAUUUUAAAAAUUAUUCACGAACCCCACAUGGGCAUAGUAAAGUCCAAGGCGCUCGCCCGCAGCUAUGUAUGGUGGGCGGGCAUCGACGAAGCGGUGGAGCGCGCGUGCCGGGAGUGCGAGGCGUGCGCGGCGCAGGCGGACGCGCCGCCACGGCAGACACCGCGCAUGUGGCCCUGGCCAUCGCGCCCCUGGACUCGCCUCCAUUUAGAUUUCUUGGGCCCAAUCGGGGGGAAAACAUUUUUGGUGGUGGUGGACGCGAUGUCCAAGUGGAUCGAAGUUUUCCACAUGACGGGGGUUUCGGCGAGCUAUUUAAUUGAUCGUUUAAAUGAAUUAUUCAGCCGAUUCGGUAUACCGAAGCAGAUCGUCACUGAUAACGGUACGCAGUUCGCUUCGAAGGAGUUCGAAUAUUUUAACAAGUAUAACGGCAUACAACACAUUUUUACUCCACCUUAUCACCCAUCAUCGAACGGGUUAGCCGAAAACGCGGUUAAAACACUUAAGAGGAUAAUUAAAAAGGCGCUGCAAGAGAAGCGGGACAUAAACAGGGCUCUGUGGUCAUUUUUACUUUACUACCGAAACGUGGAACAUUGUACGACUGGCGAGAGCCCGGCGAUGCUUUUACUCGGCAGACCGAUACGUACCCGCCUCGAUGUAAUUAGACCGGAUCGGGAGGGCAAAGUGCGUUGCGCACAACAACGUCAGCAGGAGGCGGCCGGCGGGGCCAACCGGACUUUCGACAAGUCUGACACGGUUUGGUACAGGCAGUACCUGAAAGGGGAGAAAUGGAUUCCGGGGCAGGUAGUAGAGGUUCUUGGAAGCAGUAAUUUUAAGGUAAGAGGAUCUGACGGUGGGGUGGUGCACAGACAUAUCGAUCAGUUGCGUAGGAGACCGAGCGAGAGCAGGCAAUCGCUCGCGUCUGCCCCGUCUGUGUUGGGUGAACAGGUAGACAGUGCGAACGCUCAAGGAUCAGACCCCGGGGGCGCGGGGUCGGAGGAGGAGGAAGAAUCGGAGGGGCCGACGGGAGAGAGGGCGCCGCGCGUGGCCGAGCCGCCGGCGUCGCAGCCGCAGCCCGCUCCGGCUUCACCGGGCGGGUCAGGACAUGUGUCCGCGGCUGCCGCACUUAGAGUUCGCCCUAUUAGGCAGUGCCGAUUAGUUAAGCCUAAGUAA